AUGAAUUCAACGUGGGUUUUUCGAAAACUAAGAACCAAUCUUCCGCCAUGGCUCUCCUCUCUCACUCACUCUCCCAGCUCUCCAAAGUUCAUCCUAAACCAGGAACAAUUAUGCCGUCUGUUAUCCAUAUCGGGAAGAGAAGGGUAUUUCAAGGUUGGAUCUUCAAUCCAUGGCUCCUUAAUCAAGAACCCACUAUUUAAUAACCUUCACAACCCUAUCGAAAAUCAAUAUCACGUAGCUAUCUGGAAUUCCCUCCUCUUUGUCUAUUCAAAAUGUGGCUACUUAUCUGAUGCAUCCAAACUGUUCGACAAAAUGCCAAUGAAAGAUGCUGUAUCGUGGAACACGAUCAUAUCAGGGUUUUUCAUCCGAGGUCUCUACAAUGUCGGAUUCGAUUACUUCAAAACCAUCUAUAGUUCUUCUGGUGCUCAUCGUUUCGAUCGUGGAACCAUCACCACCAUUUUAUCUGCAAGUGAAGGAUCGCAGUUCUCCAACGUUAACAAAAUGAUCCACUCCUUGGUAAUCAUCCAUGGCUACGAGCGCGAAACUACAGUAGCAAAUGCCCUAAUCACAUCGUACUUUUCUAGUGAAUCUUUUCAUUCCGCAAAACAAGUUUUUGAAGAGAUCAAUGAUAGAAACGUAGUUACUUGGACAGCAAUGAUCUCAGGGCUCGCACAAAAUCAAUAUUUUGAAGAUAGCUUGAAGGUGUUUGUGGAAAUGCCUAGAGGAUUGGUCUCUCCAAAUCUACUAACAUACUUGAGUACGUUAAUGGCAUGUUCUGGUUUACAAGCACUUAAAGAAGGGUGUCAGAUCCAUUGUCUCCUUUCAAAACUAGGCAUGGAUUCAGAUUUACAUAUAGAAAGUGCACUCAUGGAUAUGUACUCUAAAUGUGGCAGCAUGCAAGAAUCAUGGCAGAUUUUUGAAUCAGCUAGGGUUCUUGAUGAGGUCUCCAUGACUGUAAUUCUUGCAGGUUUUGCACAAAAUGGAUGUGAAGAAGAAGCUGUUCAUGUGUUUGCAAGAAUGAUGAAAGAAGGAAUCAAGAUUGAUUCAAACACAGUUUCUGCUAUUCUAACUGCUUUCAAUGGCGACACUUCCUUAUCUUUUGGUAAACAAAUCCAAUCUUUAAUCAUUAAAAAAGGGUUUUUCUCAAAUCCAUUUGUGGGAAACGGACUAAUCAACAUGUACUCAAAAUGUGGCGAAUUGGAAGAAUCAAUCAAAGUGUUUGAAACAAUUCCUGAGAUGAACACAGUUUCAUGGAACUCCAUGAUUGCAGCUUUUGGUUCUCAUGGUGAUGUUUCCAAAGCUCUUGAACUAUAUGAAAAGAUGAGAGAAGAAGGUGUGGAGCCCACGGAUAUUACGUUUUUGUCCUUGCUUAAUGCUUGUAGUCAUGGAGGUUUAGUAAACAAAGGCAUGGAGUUUUUAAAAUCCAUGGAGAGAGAUUAUAAAAUUAGUCCAAGAAAAGAGCAUUGGGCUUGUGUAGUUGACAUGUUAGGGAGAGGUGGAUUUUUGAAUGAAGCGAAAAGUUUUAUUGAGGGACUACAAGUGAAGCCUGAUGUACAACUCUGGCAAGCAUUGUUGGGUGGUUGUAGUAUACAUGGGAAUAUAGAGAUUGGGAAGUAUGCAGCAGGGCAAUUGCGUCUUUUGACACCGGAUAGUCCUGUGCCUUAUGUUUUGAUGGCGAAUAUUUAUUCUUCAAAAGGGAGGUGGAAAGAGAGGGCGGAAAGUAUAAGAGGAAUGAAGAAGGUUGGAGUGGUGAAGGAUGUAGGGAUAAGUUGGAUUGAGAUUGAGAAAAAAGUUCAUAGAUUUGUUGUUGAUGAUCGUAUGCAUGAGGAAACCGAGGGUAUUUUUGGGAUUUUGUUGGUUUUGUUUAGACAUUUGACGGAUGAAGGGUAUGUACCGGAUAAGAGGUUUAUUUUAAGACAUUGGGAUGAUGAAGGGGUAGUUUUGUCAUUGCAAAAUCAAGAUGAAUAA